AGCGACCAGUAUGUCACUAGAAAGGAUGACAAGAAAAGACCAAGAAAUGAAAAAACAGGUUCCUUAGAAACUUUGGAGGAUCUUGUUGAAAAAUCCUUUGUAAUGAAAAGCAAAUUUGAUCACAAAGGUAAAUUUACUCCUAAUUUUUAUCCAAACAGAUUCAAGUUGAAGGAUGAAAUAUACUUUCAAUACCCAGAGGUGCUAACAUUGUUGUUGAUGCAUACCUUGAUAGAGUAUGCCAAUAAUAAUGUUGAGUAUGUUGAGUACUCGAUAAGUGUAAAAGAUUUAAAGAACCAUUAUGACUGUCUCCAACCUGGCAAAGUUAAAGAACUGUUUAAAAUUUUCAAAGACGAUUACAAUCUCAUUUUUACAAAAUGUGACACUAUUGAUUUUAAAGAUGAUAAGUUGAUAAUAGAUUUAAAUGAGAUCAAGUAUUACUUUUUGGGAGCAUUCAAUAGAGGUAAAACAUCAUUUUAUCCAAAUGAUGUUAUUACAGGAAGUCAAAAAUUUAACUAUAUGAUUUCUAAAAGUGGAGAGGCUUGGUGCAGAGCCUUUCAACCAGAAAGUUACAAUGAUAUCAGAAAUCAAAUUUCGGCUGAAAACUUUUUAAGUUCUCUCAAUAUGAAUUGUGUACGAACUAUUGGAUCGGUUGUUGGGUUUGAUUGGGUAGGAGAUGAAUUACUUUACCCAUUCUGUGCUUUUGUAUUAAACGAGUUUACAAUUCUAGCAAAGAAAUACGAGGAGAACACUCAAACUAAAUUAGGACUGAGGUAUCAUUGUGGGGAAAACAUUAUUGUUGAUCAUGAACAGGAUGCAAAGUAUUUUUUAGUUCAUAUGGAAAUAAGUUACAGGACAAUAAGACAAUUGGUGGCUUCAAAAACUUUCAAUAUUAGAUUAGGUCAUGGUGUGGGAUUUUUGUUAAAAUCUACUAAUUAUGCAUUCAGUUCUGAACUAACAAAGAAAGUUCUAAACAAGAUGGAAGAGCAUGCUGGCAAUUUAAAGGAAGUUACUUUUGAGUGGUGCCCAACCAGUAAUGAGUACUUGUUGUUUGACUUCCACGAUAUUUAUCUUCCUAAUGGCUUCUCCAAUCUUGUUGUAGCAACUGACAAUGACGGAAUCAUGGAUGUGGGUGGUGUUGCAAAAGAGACUGAAAAAGCGGCUAACUACUUACUUAGUAUCGGUUAUGACAAUGACUUAAAUGAAAUCGUGGAAAAGUUAAAACAAAAUGCAAUCGGUUCAAGAUUCAUACCAGUAACAGACAUUGCUAAGCAUGAAUAG